UGACUGACCACGGUUUUCCGUCUGCAGGACGCUAUCCAGCUAACUACGACUUCUAAGGUUCAACCACAGCUUUAUCACUCAGAAUAAGCAGGCUGCAAGUAGAGAUGAUAAUAAGGACAAAAUGAAGAUCAAGUAUGCAAGAAGGAAGCCUUUACCUAGAAAGACUAAGACAGUUAAAUGUGCCGAGCUAGUCAUAACCAAAACGGAAUCCACAUUGAAGUUGGAUGUUGAUAAAGAGGACACUGGGCAGCGCCACGCAAAUGCCCUUGAAUUGAACAUUGCCAUAAAAGAGGAGCAAGAGGUCCUUGCCAUCAGCGAGCAACAACAUUUCAGCACCACGUCGAGUUGUAACGACUCUGACACUGUAACAUCCAAAGCAGCUCAAUCUGCAGAACAAAAUAGCAAAAACAUUAAGCAGGAGUCUUCUUCGGAACUGCAAAUAGAUAUAACUUCUGCAUUGGUAAAGGAAGAACCAGAGUCCAAUGCUGAAAAGGAGAGUGGUAGCCAGCAGCUACAAGAAGACGCCCAAGAUGCAGAGAACAACCAAAAUACUGAUAGAGCAGAGGACGGUGAAGGAGGUACGCCGUUCUUCCCCUGUCAGCACUGCAGUGUCUCCUUCACCAGCUGGGAUUUCCUGGAGAACCACGUCAAAUGGGUCCACCAGAAAGAAUACCUCGACGACUUGAAAAAAUGCCUUUCCAGCCAAAAACUAAGCCCCGCCCCCAAGCACAGUUGUCCGGACUGUAGCCGCACUUUCACCUCCAAGGUGGCCCUGCGAGCGCACGGCCGGGAGGCCCACCCCGCACCUCCUCCGCGGCGGCUGCACCCGUGCCCCAUGUGCGCCCGCAGCUUCCAGUACCUCAAGAACCUCAGGAACCACUGCCAGCGCUGGCACGACAUGUCUGUGGUCACCCAGGGCGGGCACCUCAGCUGCAGCAGCUGCGGGAAGAGUUUUGAGAAGACCUGGGGUCAGGGUCCUCACGUGUGCCACGAACCUGAGAACCCCCAGCCCCAGGACAGCCCUGUCUGCUUUGACACCGGAGUGGACUGCCCCGAGUGCGGCAAGCAGAUGGCCACGCCGCAGAGCCUGGGAGACCACAUGCGCACCCACACGGGGGACCGGCCCUUCGUCUGUAAGGACUGCGGCAAGAGGUUCUCGGAGCGCAGCGGCUGGCGGCACCACAUGAAGAUCCACACGGGCGAGAAGCCCUACAAGUGCGAGGUCUGCAGCAAGGCCUUCCGGCGCUCCUACCACCUCAAGUGCCACCUGACCACCCACUCGGGCAAGAAGGACUACGCCUGCCCCGAGUGUGGGAAACAGUUUGGCUUCAAGGCCAGUCUGGACAUACACCUCCUGUCUCACUCCAGCGACAAACCCUUCCACUGCGCCACCUGCGGGAAGGACUUCAACUCUCGGAAGAACCUGCGCAUUCACAGCAAGCUCCACACCCACGAGAAGGCCCACCAGUGCGGGGACUGCGGCCUGAAGAUCGGAGACCUUGGAGCUUUAAAGAUCCACCUGAGGACCCACACCGGGGAGAGGCCCUACCACUGCACCGUCUGCGGCAACCGAUUCAUCCGCAUCUCCCACUUGCGCAACCACCAGCGCACGCACACCGGGGAGCGGCCGUACAAGUGCGGCGAAUGCAGCAAGAGCUUCGCCCAGUCGGGGGAUCUGGUGAAGCACAAGAGGACGCACUCUGGGGAGAAGCCCUUCGAGUGCUCCGACUGCCACCGCCGCUACACGUCUUCAGGAGACCUGGGCAAGCACAUGAGGAUCCACACCAACCUGCGACCCUACACCUGCCAGGAGUGCGGGAAGGGUUUCCGGCUGUCGGGGCAUCUGAAGACCCACAUGUUGACCCACACGGGGGAGAAGCCUCACUCCUGCCCCAAAUGCCAUCGCAGGUUCGCCCGUUCUCACCACCUCAGCGGACACGUGGCCAAAUGUCGCUGAGUCACUUUGAGGUGCUUGUAAUGACUCGUUCCAAAAAACUCUGAGCUAUGUGAACCGUCUUUUGAUGCGAGAGUAGUGCUGGAGAAAAAACACUUUAGUAUCAAAGUUAAAGACACAACAUGACGAUUGGCUCAUCUGUUUUCUGCUUUACAUUUUCAUACCCAAACCCUCUUUACCAUCUAACCGCGUGUUCGAAUUGCAGAAUUGAAGAAAUUCAAACAGCAAUAUUAGAACGGCAAGGAACCAGAGCCAGGCAACGAAUCAGUUUUUUGGGUCACGGGUACCGUUCAAAGAGAUUGGUGUAGAAUUCAAUAGUGCAGUGCCCGGUCAAAGAGGCUGAUUUCUUAAAUUCCUGGAUUGGUGCCUGCAGCUCCUUUUACUCAUUCAAACCAUCUCACGAUAGACACUGCACUUCCUUGGGUCCUCAGCAAUACACAGGGUUCUAGAAAUAACUGGCACACACGCACACACUCACAGAUCCCUGGCUUUAUAGGUAGAUUAGUAAGUGUUGGUAUAACUGUGUCUGUCUGUCUCCUGAUCUCUGCAGUUGAUUUUUUUUGGAGGAACAUAGUUCUGUAAACAUAUUGUUUUACUGCAUGUGACAACUAUGUCACGCAUUAUGAUCAAUUCAAUUCAUAAAUUGGAUUGGAAAUUGUGUGUAUACUUUUCUAGUUCCAACACUGGCUACAGCACUGCAUUAUUAAAAAAAACACUACAGCAGUUGGUAUUAUUUAUCAAGCCAUUGAUUGUAUCUCAUUGUAUUUUAUUUAUUUAAUGAAUGUGGGAAAUGUAAAUUCUGUCCAGAUAAUGACAUGACUAUGUAACUGUCCGGAUUUAGAUUAGUUAGUUUGCAUUUGCGUAGUAAAAUAUGUAAAUAAAAUGUUUAUAUGGGUUGCUUUUGUAUAGCAGACCAUUGCGGGUAUGAUCAUGAUGUCGGUCUGAGCCUUGAUUAUUAGACUGUUCCACAUACAUUAACGCAUUAAUUAUUUUUUACAUUAAAACAUUAAUUUGUGCAUUGGCACAGUACACACAGAGCAAAUAAUGCAAUACUAAAGAUACAUUUAUAAACAGGUUUGAUUUGAAAUGAUCUCCUGAGAUCAACUAUGUUUUUUGAUAUGAUGGCCACGUCAGUAUUAUUUUACAUCAUACAGAUGUGGCUUCGGUGAAGAUGGAAGUUGUUGCUUGUCCGGGCCGUAGGCUCUGGGCCCUUGGUCUUGGCGCCUGGCACCGGGCCGGAGACUCUUACGGCCAAGCAAAACGGUACUCCUAGUUCUUAUUAUUGUGAGUGGAACAGAAGCUUUCAUGUGGUUGUUUGGGUAGGUAAGUUAUGCUGAAAUGCACAUUUCCACACAACUCCAUCCUCAGUUAAUCAAUAUAUGUUGUCUUUGUUUCACCUAUGCACACAAAUGUGUAUUGGUGUCGCACUGCACAGACGUACUGCCUGUCUGGUAAAUAAAAGAUAAAUGCUGUCUUGAGCAGUAAAAUAAAAAAUUGGUCUGAAGCAAGCUCGUGCAAAUGGUUUAUACACUCGCUGCCUUUAAAAAUGUAAACUUCUCCACUGCUUGGUUGGAUACAUGACGUUACCGUUUGUUCUAUUGCUUUUGUAUUUGUUUUGUUGAAGGGAAGAAAAAUAACAAAAAGAUGACACAUUUACCCAAGAGAAGUCAUCUAAAAAAAAAACUGCGCCGCUGUUGAAGGGGAAUUCAAGGGCCGGACACUUCAGGUAAAUAUGUAACCUUUCAGGUGGAAAACUCGUUAUAUAGGCCAUCACAUCUGUCAAAAUGGGUUUUGGAGAAAGAAGAAGAGGAGCCUCUACGAAAGUUAUACAACCAACAAGUGUAUUUAGAUAUAAGGCCGUAGAGGAAAAUCUGACGACACUAGAAUCUGCAAUAGCGUGAAGACCAAGUCCAAGAACGCACCCUGUUCUAAUGGGUUCGUGGAGGAUCCCCAUCAAACUCCUCCUGUGGAAAAUGCUUAAGGUAAGCAGCUCCAUUUGUAUUCUUUGCCAGAGGAGACAUGGUCAGAAAGGUUUCAAAUGAUUUUAGGCUUGAUUAUGUAUCUUUAAGCUACUUGCUGGGGUUCUUGUGUGUGCAAAUACUACGAUAACACAACA